AUGGAGAACAACGAGGUCACCUUUCUUACGAAAGUAGCACACGCCGACAGAGUCAUAUCAGAAUUCGCAGCUCUUGUUCUUACGUCUACGGCUAAAUAUGCUCCCGACAACGACAGUGAUGAAGACAACAAUAUCGGACUGAUCGCUCGUCAAACAUGUCUACAACGCACAGUGGGCGCGCUCUUGACAGACUCGGUUGACGCGUCCUCGGCAGAAGACUUGGUGGGCGCGCUCAUGGCAGGCUCAGUGGACGCGUUCUUGCCUGGCUCGGCGGCCGCGCUCUCGGCAGGCGCGCUCUCGGCAGGUUCAGUGGUGUGCUCUUGA